GCGACGUCUUCCCACCGCCGGAGACUCUUCUACUCUGGGAAUCGGAAGCGGAGAGAUUCUCCCAUAUUCGUCCCCUCUCCCAAAAAUAAAUGGUUCUCUCCACUUCUUCGGAGUCCUCCUCAUCGCCCUCGCCAUCUUAGAGAGUGCGUGGGAGAUGAGAACGAGCGCCUCCGACGGGGUCGAGGAGGAGGAGCAGCAGGUGAUCUCUGAAGGAGGAGGGAGAGGUACGUGGAAGCACGCGGCGUUCCACGUGGCGACCACCAUCGCCACGCCGGCGGCCUAUGCUCCCUUGCCCUUUGCUCUCGCCUCACUUGGCUGGCCUCUUGGUGUUUGCAGUUUGGUUGGUGGAACGCUCACGACAUGGUAUUCCAGUUUGUUAAUUGCUUCAUUAUGGGAAUGGAAUGGAAAGAAGCACACUACUUAUCGUCUACUUGCAAAGAGUAUAUAUGGAUCCUGGGGUUAUUGGUUUGUGACACUCUUUCAACAAGUGGCUUCUUUGGGCAAUAACAUUGCUAUCCAUAUUGCUGCUGGAAGCAGUCUUAAGGCAGUGUUUAAGUAUUAUCAUAGGGAUGGUACUUUAACAUUACAGGAUUUCAUUGUUUUCUUCGGGGUCUUUGAGCUGCUUUUAUCACAACUCCCAGAUAUUCACUCACUGCGGUGGGUAAAUGCCUUGUGCACGUUUAGUACCAUAGGCUUUGCUGGAACAACCAUUGGUGUGACCAUAUACAAUGGAGAAAAGAUUGACAGGAAGUCAAUCAACUACACAUUGCAAGGGAGCACUUCCUCUAAAAUUUUCAAAGCUUUUAAUGCUCUAGGUGCGAUUGCUUUCUCAUUUGGAGAUGCCAUGCUUCCAGAAAUACAGAAUACUGUAAAGGAACCUGCAAAGAGGAACAUGUACAAAGGUGUAUCAGCUGCAUAUGGAAUUAUUGUUUUGACCUACUGGCAACUGGCUUUCACUGGAUAUUGGGCAUUUGGUUCCCAAGUUCAGCCCUACAUCUUGUCCUCCCUCACCAUUCCAGGAUGGACAAUCGUCAUGGCAAAUAUAUUUGCUGUUAUUCAAAUAUCAGGAUGCUUUCAGAUAUACUGCAGGCCAACGUAUGCAUACUUUGAAGAACAAGUUCUGUCUAAAAAUACAACUUAUGGCAUGCGCAUCCAAAAUGCUCUAUGGAGACUUGCUCUCACCUCCAUCUAUAUGGCUUUGAUUACUCUAACUGCUGCUGCCAUGCCGUUCUUUGGAGACUUUGUUUCCAUUUGUGGAGCUAUUGGGUUCACCCCUCUAGAUUUUGUGUUCCCAGCUUUAGCUUUUCUAAAAUCUGGAAGAAUGCCCAAGAACAGCAGACUGAAACUUCUGGUGCAGAUAUUUAACCUUGCCAUUGCUAUUUGGUUCUCGUUUGUUGCAAUACUGGGUUGCAUAGGUGCUGUUAGGUUCAUUGCUCUUGACAUCAAGACAUACAAGUUCUUCCAUGACAUGUGAUCUUAUAUUUUAGCUCAGCCGUAUCCCUGUCAUCAGGGUAUCGAUUAGCUUUCUGGAUUCUGGGCUUAAGCCUGCAGGUAUAGAUUGAGUUGCAAAACAUUUAACGUAUACCUGUAACUUGUAAAAUAUUAAAAAAAAAAAACAUCUUGAAACACCUGCAAACUAUAGCCCUGUAAGUAUCUUAAGGACACAUCACUUGCAUUAUAUCAAACAUUUCCAUAUUAUCUUGCCUAUAGGUACUUGAUAUAGUCAAGUGUUGCAGAUUACGCUGUUAGACUGAACAGCAGUGAGUUGGAUACAGUCAAAUUGACUCCAGAGUCCAGACCAUUCAUGGAAGUGUUUGAUCUACCGAAGCUUGUUUGACAAAUUCAGGAAUCCAAUUUAAAUCUUAAUAUUUCUAUUAUGUAAAUUUUUUGAGAUAAUUGUAUUAUGUAAAUUUUUUUCAGAUAAUUGUACACGACCAUCUUGUUUAAUGAGGCUGUGGAUUGUGAAGAUAUACAUAAACAAAUGAUUAUAUGAAAUCUCUUUACUUUCA